AUGUAUGCUUCUAACACAACACAGUACCAGAAAUACACAGAACUCACGACGCCUCCGGCAACGCCAGAAAACGAUGCAGCAACUGGGAUUCCAGUCAGUUCAUCUGGCCAAUACUACUCUGAUAUCCCCCAACCACAUGUUCAUGUUCAUGUUCCACCCAAGCCUAAAGUUCCUUGGUCCACUGGCCUAUUUGACUGCUUCUCAGAUGUCCGGAAUUGUUGCAUAACAUGCUGGUGUCCAUGUAUUACUUUCGGACGGAUUGCUGAGAUUGUCGACAAAGGAUCAAGUUCCUGUGGACAGAGUGGAGCCCUUUACACAAUUCUAGCUUGUGUGACUUGCUGUCCAUGCUUUUAUUCAUGUUUCUAUCGAUCAAAAAUGAGGAAACAGCAUGUUCUGCAUGAAUCCCCAUGUGGGGAUUGCUGCGUUCAUUGCUUUUGCGAGUCUUGUGCCUUGUGUCAAGAGUAUCGAGAACUCAAAAUCCGUGGUUUUGAUAUGACCAUUGGAUGGCAUGGAAAUGUGGAGAAACAUAAUACUGAUACAGGAUUGGCUCCAGUUGUUGAAGAAGGAAUGAGUCGAUAA